AUGCCGUCCGCCGAGGACCAGGCCCGCGCCUCUCGUCCCACCUCGCCCACGCCGUCGCAGCUCCCUCCCGUCCCGAGCUCCCCGGUCUACUCGCUCGCCUCGACCGCGAAUCCCAUGUCGCAGUUCAACCUGCCCCUCCCGCCGGCGCCGCGCCCCUCCCACGCCGUCCUCACAAAAGCCGACCUCGAGCACUCCCAAGAUGCCUACGCCGACCUCCUCAGCUCCGCAAAGGCCUACCGCGUCGCCCUCGCCUCCCUGUCCAACGCGGCGUCCGCUUUUGGCUCCGCCCUCGAGGCGUGCGCCCGCCUGAAGGAGGCCCGCGCCGAGCCUAUAGGCCCCUCCGGCGCCGGCACGGCCAGCAUGUCGGCGAGCUUCACCACCCCGCGGGGCGCAUGCACUGCCGACACGCUGCUCUCCGCGUCCGGCGUGCAUCACCUCAUCGCAAACCACCAACAGAUCCUCUCCGAGACGGUAUACCGCGCCUUCGAGGUCCCCCUCCUGCACGACCUCGACAAGUGGCAGUCUGUCAUCGACGACGAGGAAGAGACGUACCAACAAAAGAUCAAGGCGCAGAGCAGGGAAGUCAAGCGCCUGGAGAAGGAGGGGCUCAAGCUGCACAAGCAGCGCAGGAGGGACGUCGGCAGGUUCCGCGCCCACCUCGUCGAGCUUACGGGCAAGCUGGACGGCCUGACGACGCUGCAUGCGGAUCACGCGCGCACGCUGCUCAGAGAAAGCCAAGAGACGAGCGGGCGCAUCGUCGAAGCCAGCUGCAGCCUCGUCAGAGCCGAAGUGGACAUCUUUGAGGGGCUCGCACGAAAGGGAUGGAGCGGCGGGGGAUUAGACGACUUGCUGGAAAAGGGUCAGGACCUGUUCGCUGUCGAAGAUGUCGGUGGCCACGGCGGCGGAGCGACCACAACCACAGGCGAGUCGGCAAAGCUCUUCUCCAUCCUGCCACCGAAAAGCAUCCUCGCCGACACUGCCUCGGACUCCCGCACCGGGCCUGGGCACGGGCGCGCCGAUAGCCUCCUUACAAUGGAUGGCGACAGAUAUCAGUCUCUCACCGGCGUCGCAUCCGACGCCAAGCACCACCCCGGCGGCGACGCAGACAGCGUCUUCUCGUCCGACUUCAACAAGCCACGCGGGGCGCGACCCUUUUCUCCCCAGCCGAUACGCAGAAUACCCGCCGAUGUGACAUUUGACUCUCUCGGCGCGGCGGCGCUGGGACACCUCGGCGAGCCUGAGCCUGAGGCGACGAAGCCUGGGGAAGCAGAACCGGAUAGCGAGAGGCCGACGCAAUCACAAACGCAGACAGAGACGCAGGGCGAGGAGCGGGACGCAGAUGGGGACCCAGAAGAGGACGAGAGUGAGCGGCGUGGCAGGACGGAGUCGCGGUCGCCUAUGACCAUGUCGGCGCGGUCAUCACCGUUUGGGCGACGCGCGGCGUCGCUAGAAGACGGGCGCGAGUAG